AUGUCCGACGAUGAGGAUUAUUAUGACUUUGAAGAAGACUACGUCUACGAGGACGCUGUCCCGGAUCUAGUCGAUGAACUCGCCGCAUCCUCCUGGUACGAAGCGGCUCUGUACGAAGACCCGGGCAUUGAAGUAGAGGACUACUUCAGUGACUGGGACUACUACUCAGAUGACUACCAUGACGACGACCCGACCGUAGCGCAAAGCAAGGCCCGUGCCAAAACCGAGCCCGCGACGAAGAAGACAAAGAAGGGUCGCGCCCACACCCACGCCGCCCGCGCACCCCUUCCCUUGAAACUCGACCUCGGUUCUUUCCAGGGUGUCGUGUGGAAAACCGAUAGCCUGGAGAGAGACACUGAUGUCUCUGUGCAGAUCUAUGAGCCGGGCCAGUUGGACAAGGUCGCCUUCCUGCAGGACUGGAGGGAGAUCUUCAAAUCUGCCCAGCCUGCGCUGGAUAAGUCGCGUUUGAGAAAGAGACGCCGACCGGAGCCCCAGGCGGAGGAUGUUUCAUCUGGUGUUGAGGAGGACGAUCACGGCGAUUAUGAUGAGGAGAUUCUACACGAUGCUGAUGAGGAGGAUGGGGGUAGUGAAGAGGGCGAAGAGGAGGAGGAGGAGGAGGAGGAGGAGGAGGAUCCCAUGUCUGAUGUUGAGUCAUCCGUUCCGAAUGGGAGUGUGGAUGCUGGGGAGGCUUCGAAUACCACCCCUGAGCCUGGCCAGUCGCCCAAGGAGGCUCCGCGGAUUUCGGUGGAGAUUCCUGUGAAACGGGGUCGCAAGCGCAAGGCUGAGGCUCAGAACCCGACCCCCGUGAAGGAAACGAAGAACAAACCGAGCGAUAAUUCGACGAGAAGUCGGUCGAAGCGGGUUGCUUUGGAUAAGAGCGAGGACGAUGCGGGUUCGUCUGGUCCUGUACGCCGUUCUGCCAGACAGAGAAAGUAG